AUGGACUCUUCUGUAAAAAGGUCUUUAGCACGAGUCGGAAGCCCACAGCCACUAAGGGCAGCUUCUGAUACCUUGUCUUCAACUAACAUUCUUACACCAACUCCAGAACCUCCAAAAAAUCAAACUAGUAAUACUGCUUCUUCCACCCGCCAAAAUGUAAAAGUUACUGUAAGAGUAAGACCUCCAAAUGCUGUAGAAAUGAGUAGGGGUGAAACUGAAAUUUGGGAAGUUGAUAACUCAAUUGGCAAAGUGAGCCUACAGGUGGAUUUUAUGGAACGAUACAGAAAGCAAAUGGCCGAAUAUUUUUAUGGUACGGAUUCACAACCAGGUGUUAUUCCGCAAGCUGUCGAUACUGUAUUUGAAUAUAUCAAGGAGUGUAAAGAAAAAGAGUUUUUACUUCGAGUUUCUUAUAUGGAGAUAUAUAAUGAGACUGUACGCGAUUUGUUAUGUCCCGAAACUGAUGAUUUACGGAUUCACGAAGACAAACGCCGCGGAGUAUAUGUAACUCCUCUAAAAGAAGUCGUGGUAUCGACACCUAAACAAGUCAUGAAAGAACUUUCAAAGGGUGAAGCUAACCGCCAUAUGAGCUCAACUGAUUGGAAUGAAAGAAGUAGUCGGUCUCAUACUAUUUUUCAGAUGGUGGUCGAAAGUACCACUAAAGGUUCAUUACCGCCUAGACCAAAUCGAUAUUCUACUGCUGGACAGAAGGCAUCUGCUUCCGUUUCACUAUCUGUUUUGAAUUUAAUAGAUUUAGCUGGUUCUGAAAAGGCUGCUUCUUCGGCUGAUCGUAGAAAAGAAGGUGCUUAUAUUAAUAAAAGUCUUCUGACACUUGGUACUGUGAUCUCAAAAUUAACGGAUAACUCUGGCGGUCAUAUCCCAUUUCGUGAUUCCAAAUUGACUCGAAUUCUUCAGAAUUCUCUCAGUGGGAAUGCUCGAGUUUCUGUAAUUUGUACUAUAUCUCCUUCUGCGAUAAAUCAUGAAGAGUCUCAGAAUACCUUAAAAUUCGCAUCCAGAAUAAAAAAAGUGGUUACUAGAGCACAUACAAAUGCGGUAAUGGACGAUAAAGCUCUAUUGCAAAAAUAUCGUAUCGAAAUUGAGGAACUUAAAGCUAAACUUGAAAGAACUAAUGAUGCAAAUUAUCAAGAGAAAGAGACUGAGUUAUCUCAAAUGUUACAAAAAGAAAAGGCUAAACAUGAAGAAGAAAUGAUGGAAGCUCAAUUAGUUAGUGAAUUCGUUCAACUCGAAAGUCAACUUGACGCAAAGAAUGUGACAAUCAAUCUGCUUAAAUCUGAUGUUGAGGGCAAGGAUAAGAUGAUUAAUGAAUUGACUUUGAAAUUGAGAACUGCUGAACAAUCAAUAAGAAAUUUAAAUGAUAAAUUGAAGGCAAAAGAUGAUGAAUUGCAAAGCCUUUAUAUUGAAAAUCGUGAGUUGAAAAUUGCUACUGAAGAGCAAAUAGGGAAGAUAAGUAUACAUGAAAGUGAUGUAAAAGCCAAUGGUAAUUCUCUCAGUGGGAGUAGAGAAUACAAUGAGUUGAGAAAUACAAUACAAAGGCAACGUAACAUUAUUAAAGAGCAAGAAGAAGAACUAAAAGCUAACAAGUUGAUUAUUGCCAAUCAAAAAGAAAUGCUACGUCGAGUGGAAUUUACACAACUACAAAAUAGUGCGUCAGUUAAUCGUGUUAACGGGCGUCGGAUGAAAAGUGGUGAAUAUUCAACUCUAACUCAGGAGAAUACGCAGGGUAAUGGUUCGGGUAAUGGAAAGAAUCUUGUGUUGAUGAAAAACAAUUGUUUAAUUACCGAUGAAGCUAUUCUUAUCUUCUUGUUGCUUGCAUUCUCGAUUUUUAAAAUAGUCGAUUGA